CUUUCUGCAGUGGAGCUGAUUUGACUGGCUCAGGUGAAGAUGAACCGAACCAGCAGUAGCCAACCUGAAAAAGGGGUCAAUCAAAAUGGAAAAGCAGGAGGUCAUCCAUCUAUAUUCAGCAGUACCCACACGGCUGACGGUAACCAUGAACCAGGGCUGCUGUCUGCCUUCAAAAAGGACAUGGACACCAGCAAAGUUUACCUGGCAGGAAGAGAGUACUUCAAUGAGGAUGGGCAGAUGUUUGUACCAACUGUUGUUAAAAAAUUAAAGCAACAGUUAAGUACUGAUCCAACUCUUCGUUCAGAGUAUCCUCCGUCUCUUGGCCUGAAAGAAUUCACCCAACAAGCCACAGAAGCAGCUUUGGGAAAGAAAUCUCAGGCUAUAAUGGAGAACAGGGUAUUAGGCGUCCAGACAGCUGGUUUUACUGGUGCCAUUCGUCUCGGAGCUGAACUCCUGAGACACCGCUGUGAUACAGGUGAUGCCUGGUGUGGGUCGGUUUACCUGUCUUCCCCUUGUGAUGAUUCACUGGCUGGUAUCUUUCAGGGAGCUGGGAUUCAAGAUAUUCGUCAGUAUUAUUACUGGGAUGAAAAACAGCGGGGCAUUUGUUUGAAGAAGCUUUUGGAUAAUCUGGGAAAGGCUCCAGAGCAAAGUGUGGUUGUUCUCUCAGCCUCUGGUCACUACCCCACUGGAGCAGACCUCUUACACAACCAGUGGGCAAAAGUCACACAACUGAUGUUGAGGCAGAGGCUUUUUCCUUUCCUCUUGCUACCUGCACAGGCGCUCUGCUUUGGGGAUUUAGAACGUGAUGCCUGGCCUGUGCAGCACUGUGCUUCACUAGGAAUGGAGCUCCUCUGUGCUCAGUCGUUCUCCCACUGCUUUGGAUUAUAUGAUGAGGCUGUUGGACACCUCCUGUGUGUCUUAAAGCAGCCCUCAGACCUGUUGGCUAUGCGGUCUCGGUGUGAGAAAAUAGUCAGCUCACUGUGGGCCCAGCCAUCUGGAGGAGGUGCACGUGUUGUUGCGACAGUGCUCCGAAAUCCAGCCCACCUUCUUGAAUGGCAUGGAGAAGUAAAGCACACUGUUGAGAGAUGUAAGCUGAUCAGAGAACUUUUGAGAGAACGUCUAAGACUUUUGGGAUCUCCAGGGUGCUGGGACCAUCUGACUCAACAGAGUGGAAUGUACUGUUGCAUGGGCCUGAAUGGUCAGCAGGUAGGAUUUCUGUCAAAUGAGAAACACGUGUACCUGCAUCCCAAUGGCUGUCUCAAUGUCAGUGCAAUCAACAGCUGUAAUGUGGACCAUGUAGCAGAGUGCAUCCAUCUGGCUCUGACCGCUUCGCUCUGACAUCUUUCUACUUUUGACUACAGCCUGAAAUCUGCAUUUGCCUGGUAAUUACUGGUAAUUACUCAAAUGGUCUGGUCAGGUCAGGUCUGGAACUACACCUUUGUGCUACGCAUUGAUGGAUUCACCACUCUACAGAACCACCCUGGGUCCUGAUUGGCAGCCAUCUAACAUCUAUUUGCUACAGCCAAGUCAUUCUUACAUGUCCAUUCAGUGUUGGGGUCAAUAGUACUGAGGGAUCUAUGUACUGGAUCAUGAUCUUGGGUGUGGACCACAUGACCGUAGUGUGAUUAUAGACAUUCACUUGUCAGCUAAGGUAACUGGUCCUACUUAAAGGCUCACAAUCGUGGUGUAAGUGUAGAACCAGUAGGACCCUGGACUUCAAUGACCUCUGUCUGGUGACCUCAUGAGCUCUUCCCUUUUGUCUUUCGAGCUCAAAGGCCUAGGUCACAGACAUGAACAUCAAUGUUGUACUAAGUUCAACACCUUCACCAUAUACAGAAUUUAAUUUAAUUCAAUGUAUUUUAUUUGUGUAGUGUCAAAUUACAACAGUGCUGCCUCAAGGCCCUUCACACGAGUGGUCUAGUCUUACCAACCUCCCACUGAGCAAACACACAACUGGCAGUGGUAAGGAAAACCUCCCUCUGGUGAUAAUGAGGAAGAAACUGCAACCAGACUAGACUGAGAGGUGUGACCCACUGCUUAUUAUUAUAAGUAGUAUUAGUAGUAGUAAUAGUAUGAAAAAUGUCUUCAAAAGUGGACCUUUUAUCUAGGGCUAUUGUGGGCUAUUAAGCUGCCAGAUUGACAGGUAAGAAAUUUUAAUCAGCGUUUUUUACAUCAUGUUGAAAUCAGACAAAGAGUGUAGAUGCAUUUGGGUGGGAAAAAAGUGUUAGUAUUUGUAAUGCAUCACGGAUCAGCUGUUUUUAGUGAGGAGACGCACAGCGGCACAGUGUUUUAAAAAUGUCUUUGUAAAACCAUCACUCUGAGCUUCACUGCGCUUUGAGAGACAACUGUUUUUCAAAUCAGAGCUGCUGCACAGCAGAUAUGGCUCUGUGCUCAGAGCUCGCUGAAAGUGAGUGAAAUGGGCAGUAACCAAACCCUGAUGUCUCCCUGCUCAUGGACCAGUUUUAAUGCUGCAAUCGACCCUUGAUACAAAAAUAAUAGUAACACACAGUGACUUGGACAAGUAACUUUAAUCUGAUUAAUGAUUUGGAAAGAAUAACGCCUUAGAUUACUUGUUAUGAAAAAAGUGGUAGAUUAGAGUAACGCUUUACUAAGUAACGCGUUACCGGCAUCAUUGGGUGCAUGAUAAUAGAAGGCUCUCUGGCCUGCCCACUUUUUUUAAACUUAGGGACACAAAGUAGUUCUGCACCCUGAGAACA